AUGGAGAGGCGCCGCCAGAGGCAGGACGAUCAGGAUGGCGCAGGGCCAGCCACGGCGCGGAGGCAGCUCUUGUGGGAUAUCCCGGAGGCGUCGGACGGCCGCACUUCUGCGCGCUCAACCGAGGAUGCCUGGAUGUCCUCGACGGUGUGCUUCGACGUGCUGGACAAGCCGAGCGACGUCGACGGCUCGGGGGGCGACGACGCCACCGGCGGGAACACGGGCGCUUCCAGGAGCCCCGCCGGCACCGGUGAGUCGUGGACGCUGGCUGGUGGGUCUGGCCGUCGGGGCCGUCGGCGCCAGCGCCGCCACGGGUCAGGCAGCGCGCCCCGCCGGUCGUCACGCCGGGCGUCCGCAGACUGCAACAACCAGGAGGACCCACUCGGCAGUUCCGCCGGGCGCCAGGCGGGCGCCCGAAGGGGCCACUCCCGGCUGCGCGGCACGAGGUCCUACGUGCGGUCGCUCAUGCAGGCCAGCUCCGCGGGCGCGGCCCUCGGGAGUCCUCGGCGGCAGGCCGCCGCCGCCGCCCCGCCAGGGGCCCUGCCCACGCUGCUCGGCGCGCGGCGGGGCGGAGGCAAGAAGGCGAAGCCGCCUGGGGCGGCGGAUGCGGGGCAGACAGGAGUGGCUGGCACCGUGAUGGCGGUGGCGUCCGUCGAGAGGACCUUGGCUCGGGCGCGCGCGCUGAUCGGCCAGCGGGACAGCGCCGAUGACGGAGGCCAGGGAGGCCCGGGCGGCGAGGCCGACCCCGCGCCGGCGGCCGACGCCCGGGCCGAGGACGACUGGGCGGAGGACUCCGACGGGAGCGCCGGCGGCGCGAGCAGCUUCGGCGCCAGCGGCAACACGGCCAGCAGCAGCAGCAGGAGCAGCAGCAGCAGCAGUAGCAGCACCAGCAGCAUUAGCAACAGCAGCGGCAGCAGCAACGGCAACUGCAGCGGCAGCGGCGGCGGCCGCAGCCAACCCAAGCGGCGAUCGUGCUGGCCGGCCGGCGUCGCAAGUGGCCGGCGGCGCCUGGGAGGCCCGUGGUUCGAGGAUGCGGCGCUGCGGCGGCGUGGUUGGGAACGUAUCGCCCCCGCCGGUGGAGCCGCCCUGCCUGGCCGCCGCGCUGACGGGGCCGAACCUCCAAAGUCCGCGCUCGGACACGGCGCUGCAGGCCCGCUCGACCUGGGCACGUUGGCGGGUCUGCCGCUAGAGGCCAUCCGCGCCGAGCUGCAGGCGGGCCUCAUGUUGUUCCAGCGUGGCGUUGUGGCGCAAGAAGCUAACGGCAACCCGAGCGGUUGUGCUGUGCCGGUGUGUGCAGGCCGCGGAUUCUCUUCCGACGGAUCGCCCACAGGACAGAUAUUUGGUCCUGACGCGGCGGCGCGGCCGUUGCCGGGGCUCGCGGCUGUUUCCUCGCCGCAAGCAACCGCCUCCGCAGAGGUCGACCCACCGCUGCCAUGGCCCGCGCAGAUUCCCGCCCACUUGGGUAGUUUGCUGCCGCCCCGCGGCGGCGGGCGCGUGGGGCCGCCGCUGCCGCGUCCACCGCCACCGCCACCAGGCGCCCUCUCCAGGGCGCUGGAAUCUUUGUGGCCGACGAAGGCACGAGGCGAGAACCUCCGCAACACCCUUGGGCUGCCGACGGCGCCCACGUGUGCCCGUUCGUUGGCGUCCCCCGAGACAGCUCACGAGGCAGGGGAGGCGCCGGACUGGCGCGCCGCAGCGUCUCUGCCGCCUCUGGCCGCGCAACGCACGCAACCUGGCGCCGCUGCGGGCCCGCCGCCGCCAGCCCGCCAGGCCGAGCCAGCUGGGCGGCUGCUCCCGCCUGGGCCAUUGCGCGGCCUCGAGGCGGGCGGCGCCCCCGCCGGCCCCGGGCAACUGGAGGGCGUCCUCUGGGCCGCACGGGCUGGGCCGGCGCAGGCUGCGCCGCGGCGCCCGCGGCCGAGCGGGAGGUUGUUGCCUCCCGGGCGGCUGGGCAGGCCGGGCUGGGCGGCGGAGGCGCUCGAGGCCGCCCUGGCGGGCGGUGACGGGCUCAAGGGCUACCUGCAGAGCCUCGGCUCGCCGGGCUCGCCGCAGCACGGGCCGCCAGGCGGCGCUCGCCCGGGGGAGGCGCCUGCGCCCGCGGUGCCAGCGGGCAGCCCUCGGCGUGGCGCCAGGGUGCAUCGCCAUCGGAGUCUGCGGAGCUUUCUGCCUCUAGUGCAUGCGCAUUGCUAG